AUGGGCGCUUGUAAAUCUUGUACUCAAUAACCAUCCCCCUAAAUCAAUUCAGGCGAUAUGGAAUAACAAGGUAUUCACAGUGAAUCCAUACGCUAGAUUAGCAAUCUGCUAAAUGAGUUUGAGACCUUCAAAGUGAUCAAGAAGACUUCAUAUUCAUUUAUCCAGGAUGCUACAUUCAGGAAUGGAAGAGUCAGCGCUAAUAAAUUGAUCAACACACAAGGCACAGUGAAACCCAUCAACUUAUAAUUAUUGCAAGAGGUAAAUAAGGGAUUGGAAUCGUUGAAAGCCCUUACAAAUAAAUAGGAUAAUUGCGAGAUUGAAAAAUCAAUGAAAUUCAAAUGUGGCUUGGAAUUAGGGGAUAAAUUCCCACUAAUUAAAUUCCACAUGUUGCUCAAGGGAGAAGCUCAAACAAUAACUUUGAAGGACAAUACUUACACUCUGAUAAAGUCUUGGGGCUAAGGGGAAUAGAUGGUCAAUUUCCAACAUGCAAUAGAACUGGUCGAGUCCUUCAAAAAUGUUAAGCUUGAAUUGAUCGGCUUAACCAGAGGCAAUGAGGAACAGCAAUCCGUGUAUGAAGAAUUAGUGAGAUCCAAUCCAGGAUGGCAACAACAUCCACACAUCUAUGUACUUGCAGAAGAACCAGAAAAUCACAUCUUCGAUAUCUUCUACCAAGAACAAUCCAAUGACAUUGAGGAAGGAUACUUAGCAAGUGCUCUUUUGUUUUAUGGCUAGAAUUUGAUUUGGAAAAGAUAUACACUAGAGUGGGAUAUCUCUGCUGAUUCUGAUGAGGUGGCUCAGGAAGUAACAAAUCUCAUAAAUUCUGGAGUCACUAAAUACGUAGGAGUCAAAGAGACCAAUCAACAAAGCAAUAUAACCAAAUAACAAUAUUAAGAAUACAAGCAGUUCAUAUAGUAAUAGUAAAAACAACAGUAAUUUACCAGAGGAUUGGAAGUCACCAUCAAUAAAAAGACAAUCUAUGACAAGAAUAAUAAGCUAGUUAUUUAUGAGAAACCCAUUAUUCAAGUGGCAUGUUCCCCUAAAUCACAAUCAAUUACAGAGGCUUUCAUCAAACCUCUUUAAUUACAGCCAGUAAUUUGGGACAUCUAGAUUUUGAAGAAAGUGCUAACUCAAAAAAUUAGAGAAAAUAAUCUCAACAUUGAAGCUUCCUUAGAAAAAUAGAUCAAAAUUUCAAUCAAUUAUGAAAACAAUUUGAUUCAGAUUCCUAAUUGGGAAGUGGCCACACUCACUCCAUAUUACAAGUCUACAUAAUACAUCUCGUAAGUCAAGUAAUGGAUACAUGCUCGAGAUCGCAUACUAAGCGAAGUCCAAGAUUCCCAAAGUCCUGUUCUGCAGAGGGUAAACAAGAUGAUUUAUCAAUUUUUCAAUAAUAUACCUACUGUUGAAAAAGUACUUAAUUAAUAAUAUGGCAAAAUCCCAUAUGCUGAGAAGCGUAAACCUCCUUACGAAGAGAUGUCAGUAUCCAAGAGUUUGGGAAAUGAGGAGAUCGCCAGAAAAUCAGAUAAAAUAUUAUUCAUCUUAUUGAUUGAUUAUGAGAAUGAUGAUACUUUGGACAUUCUGAAGAACUUAAUCAAAUAUAAGAAAGAGAACUCGGUCCAAUUAUAGAUUGCUGUAUUAGGACACAUCAGAGCUGAAUCCUGGACCAAACUGUUUUAGGCCUUCAUGGACAAGCAAUAAAUUGCAUAAAGAUGCUGA